AUGUCUCUUCUACCCAGAGAGUUAUCCUAUAACUCUGGGCCCCAGUUGCUCAGAGAUGUCUGGGGCCUUACAGCAAUUGCCCUUCUGGUCCUCGUUAUGAGAAUCAUUGCGAAAAUGAGAAUCGGGAAGUUUGGUGCCGAUGAUGUGCUCAUGGCUUUCGCAUUGAAAAGUCAAUCGUAUCCUUUUCGGAUCAUCCCUAACUUUAUAUCUCACAUCCAGUGCUUGGCGAUGGUCGGAUCAAUAUUUAUUACGUUGGCCGUAAAAUUGGGGUUCGGUCAAGAGACGUCGGACGUCAGCACCGCGAAUGUUCCCAAGAUCAUCAUGCAUGAUUAUUUGGCCCAGACCUUUGGACUUGCCGGUGGGGCUUCAGGACGAAUAUCCUUUAUUGUCUUCAUCAUUGGUCUCCUGGUUCAGAAAAAAUCCCAGAGAAUCAUGCUGUGGAUCUUGGCCGGCCUUCAAGUGGUCGUCAACACCCUAUUUAUUAUCAUAAUAUUUGUUCAGUGCCCUGGGCAUGGAUCCGCCAUCUGGAAUCACGCGGGGGAAGCUAAAUGCUGGAAUCAGCAUGUUCAGGCCUAUUAUGGCUAUUUCCAGGGAGCUUUCAAUGCUGCAACCGAUCUAUUUCUUGCUGUCUUCUCGACAUACGUAUUCUGGAACUUGAACCUCAAGUUACAAGUUAAGCUGGGCCUGAUUACUCUUCUGGGGCUAGGAAUCUUUGCAAUGAUUGCUUCGAUCAUCAAAAGCGUCGAAACCCGUGUUCUUGCAACCUCAGUCAGCGAGCCAACAAUGGCUACAAUCAACUAUGACCGCUGGCUGUAUAUCGAGACGUACUUGGUGAUCAUAACCGCGUCCAUCCCGAGUAUACGGUCUCUCUUGCGAUCCGUCGAUGGUCGAAAAAUACGCAGCAGGGAUACAUAUGCACUCAGCUCCCGCAAUGCGGUUAGCACAAUGCGCUCAAGGACACGAAGGCGCGACUCGUCGAUUGACGGGAAGGGUAUAAUCAAUGUCUCCGAGGGCAAUUUGAGCCAUGAUGAUGUAUACCGAAGGGGCCGUGAUGACGAGAUGUCUGAAUUAGGACAUUCCCGGGAGUCAGUGACCAUGUGC